AUGUUAGCUGGUGGUAUUUGGUGCUUAUAUGAUUCAUCCGAAUUUUGCCCAUAUCAUUCUGCAAUUUGGACAUCAGCAGUAUUUGUUAUAACUGCUUUAAUUGGUAUUGUAACGGCAAAACGUUGUACCGUAAAUUUCUUUGUUACAUAUUUGGUACUCUCAUUAAUAUGCUUAAUGCUAUGUGUUAUUAGUGGUGCGAUCUCUGCUAGGAAUUUAUUAUUAAUCGGUACUUAUCGACAUCCAAAAAUUGAUCGUAAUCAAGCAUUUUGCUUGAUUGGUGAAUAUGAUACUUCACGAAUGCGAUAUAUUUUAGCAGAGAUGAGUCGUUAUGAUUUCAAACAAUGUUUACUUCAACUUAAAAUAGGUAUUGGUAUCAAUAGUAUACAAUUUAUCGUUGCUAUUAUUGAAGCCAUUCUUUAUCUACUUUCGUCAAUUCUAUGCUGUAAGCAAGUAUGUACAAAAUGUUAUGGUACUUAG